CCCUCCCCUCCCGGCCGUGCUCACGUGACGCGGCAAGAUGGCGGCUGCCGCGGACGGCGCCGACUUGGAGGCCUCGCUGCUGAGCUUCGAGAAGCUGGACCGGGCCUCCCCGGACCUGUGGCCCGAGCAGCUGCCGGGAGUCGCCGAGUUCGCCGCCUCCUUCAAAAGCCCUAUUACAAGUUCUCCUCCCAAAUGGAUGGCUGAGCUGGAAAAUGACGAUAUAGAUAUGUUAAAGGAGCUGGGGAGCCUCACUACAGCUAACCUGAUGGAGAAGGUUCGUGGCCUGCAGAACUUGGCUUACCAGCUGGGGUUGGAUGAAUCUAGAGAAAUGACUCGAGGGAAAUUCCUGAACAUCCUAGAGAAGCCCAAAAAGUAGCUGCAACAUCUGGAGUUGGGACAGAAAAAAUACCCCGACUGGAUCCUUUUACACACUGCGGAUCCAGAUGGACCCCAGAACUUCUAAAGAGAAGUACAAAGCUCUUGCUCCAGACCUUCAGAAGCUAACACCUCUUGCUUCCACAGCUCAUCUCUUUGCAGGGGAGACGCACUGGACACACAGGUCACAAGGACUGCGAUUGAUUGCCUUGGAAUUCAAACUUUAUCCGACCUCAAGAUACCCAACGGGAGGAUUCGACCCUGAUGUGGGAUGGCAAAGUGAACAGCCGUCGUGUCCUUAUUCUGUUGUUCUUGGCGGCAGCACCUGUUUGAAGUACUCAACAGCUCUCUGACACAGGCCAGUGUGCAUCGUGGUGCAUUGGCCUUCUUGUGUCUGUUGUCUUACAUGCAUUGCUUUCCUACGUGCAAUUUCUGUGCUGAAUGACUUGAGCAGAGUUUGGGGUGUAGAUUGAUAGCGUGGGUUCUGCAGGAUUACAUGUUUUUAGUGUAGAAGGCCGGUGUAGUCUGUGCAUUAGAUUCCAGUUGCUCACUGCCUUCAGAGGAGCGUGCCUGGUACACCGAGGAGGAUCUUCAGUACGUUGGUCCAUGCACUUCACAUGGCUUGUAUCAAGCGUCGUGUGUACCAGGAGCUGCAUCUCAGUGCUAAAUGGUUUUCUAGUGAAAUCUAGACUGACGGACUGCAGAGAGUAAGAGGUGUUACUGUACCAUGAAGGAAAAUGUCCCUCGAGAAACUUGAGCCUAUACAGGAAGAAACAGCUUUGUCAGUACCCCUGCAAUUCUCAGUUUGCUUCUUACAAAGCCAGAAACUGAGGGAAGUUACAAAGUUGAAAGGCAGUAACGUUUUCAGUAUUCCAGGAAGGGAAACAGGCGUAUUAGCCCCAUUGCAAGGAUAUUCUACUCAAACGGAGUCUUCACACUUCUGAAAGUAAUCUUUCUUGAUAUUUUCAUUACUUAGAAAAGAGCAAUCUCAAAACUUGCUUCACCUGCAAAAAUAAUAUUUUAAAGAGAAUUUUCUGUGACCUGGUCUCUUUCAGCACACAAUCUUGGACUUUAUUUGUCCUAUAGUUUAAUGUAUUUUCUUUCUGUUAAUGCACUUCUGCAUGUUCAUUCCUGAGAAGUGGUAAAGAGCAUGCUGAGAUUUUAUUUUAUUUAAGAGAAUAACUUUUUUCAUUUCAUCCUGUUUCCUUUUCCUAGGAAACUGCAUUUUAAGCAUUAAAAAAUAUGUUCCUCUUUCUAGGGUAAGACAUAAUAUUGAAACGUUGGAUAAAGAGCAGUUUUUUCCCCAUUUAGAAAUGUUAUUUUUAGCAUACAGGCUUUUCAAAAUCUGACAUUUCCCAGACUGUAGUCACAUGUGAGAGGAGAAAUGACUUGGAAAUAGUACUUGUGCCUCAUCAUUAACAGAAUGUCCUUAGAGCAUUGCAAAUUUCUGUCUUUGCAGAGAGAGGAGACUGUUUUCAGGUGCAUGUGCAAUAAAGAGGGGGAGAUUUUUAAUCAAAUAGACUACUCUGAAUUUUUACUAAGAUGAUUGUGGCCAUUUGCUUUGCAGUCUGUGGCCUUGGUGAUUAUCAGCGAGAGAGAGACUCAUUUUGGACAGCUCCUGUUAACUAUGUUUAAGCAGUUAAAUUCCAAAUCCCAGAAGACCAUACAGAAAUACUGAAUAUUUAGGUGUGUCAGGAGUGUGAUUUUAAACUUACUGGAUUUAUUUCUAUACUUCUGUUUGUGCAGGGCUGAGCUUAACAGGACCUCCAUCCCUUGAGACCAUGAGAGAUAAGUUGAAUGUGAAGAGAACCUAAAAGUGCUAAUUCAGAGAUAGAGGAAAACUAUUGAUGCAAACCAAUGUUGAUGUAGCUUUAAGUAUUAAAUUAUACAUUUUGAAAGCAAUUUUAAGCUUGUAUACUAUAUAUAUAAUAUAUAUAUACACACGUGAAAUAAUGGGAUACUUGGUCUGUAUCACUAAUAUGAGUUCAUUUUAUAGAGGUUUGAUGAUCCAACACAUUAAGAAACUGAGAUCUGAAAGGAGGAGGAAUAUAAGAGAAGAUAAAGCUUGGCAUGGAAGUAUAUGUAUAUUUUCUGAUACGUUCAGCAAAGAAUUUCAAACUUUAAGUAGUUUUUGGUAACAUACACAUAGUGUGAAAGCAAACAAACAAAAAAACCUUUACCAUACAGUACUUAUCCUCUAUAGGGCAGCAAAUAAUAUAUGCUUUAGAAUUGGUAUUUAUUGGCUUUGUACUUGUCAUCCGUUAAGAUGAGUCAGUGCUGUAUUUCUUUAUUGGUAAUAUUUAUAUGUAUUUUUGUGUGUUAGCUGGAGAAUUGUAAUCUGUCUGUUACUGCUCUGGGGUCUGAUAGUAAACAAAUGUAAAGCUCAAAGAGUAGUCUGGGUUUCCAGAAGGGCCCCCUGAGAUGCAGAAUCUGUUGCUUAGUCACUUAGGCAAUACUCAUCCAUAGGCUCUUCUUCACUAUUAAGAUGUGUAAUAAGGAACACUUUGCAUAUCACCACCUCAGUUUUCAGCCUGUGAAUAUUUCAUUCCCAUCAGUAAAUGAAUAGAUGGCAAUAUCCAAAUGGCACUAAAGAUUUUCAUGCCCUCUUGACCUCUUCCCUUUUUUUCUUCAGUGAUGUCCUUCCCAACAUCACUGCAGUCUCUGUCUAUACAAAAAAAUCUGGGUGACUUUCUAGUGCUGAUAAAGUUAGAUAUUUUGAAACAACAAGAAGUUUUGAUAAAUGAUGUGAACGAAGAGUAUAAUAAGAUCAAAAUUUGGUAAUACUGUUUGAGCUUGUGCAUUGCUUUAUAAAGUGUUUUUGUGUAUUGGUAUGUUAAAUGUUGUUGUCAGGCUCUUGGAAAUAAACCCAAUGUUUUUAGUUCCUAUUAAAUGCCAGUGUUGUAUUAAAUGCUUAGUUGUAAAGGCUGUUCAGUUUUGGAGUACCAAAUGCUUUGCUGUUUAAUCCAACUGAGAAUAAAUUCUUGUUCUAUUAAUCAUUAUCAAAAUAAAAGUCUAACUGCACUGGCAA